GUCACGCUGGGCCCCUCGCGUUGUUUUCGCGGCUAGGCAGCCUUUCGUCGCCCCGUUCUUUUUCGCCGACUUGUCACCAAAUUUCUUUAUCCCGAGACGGUCUUUGAGUAACUUAUCACCAACUCAGAACUAGCAGCCGGCCGCCGAGCGGGUGGGCCGACCACCGGCCAAAAAUGUCGACGGCUGCGGAGCUGCUCGCGUUGCAGAGCAACAUCAAGAAGGACCCGGACGGCUACAAGGAUGAGUUUCUCCUGCAGUAUCGUCACUACCAGGCGCUGCUGGAAAUCUUCAAGCUGAAACCCAGCAAGGAUAGCCGCGAGUUCGGGGAGGUGGUUAUGUUCAUGGCGCAGGUGUCUCGCGCCUACCCCAAGACCAUGACCGGCUUUGCGGCGGAGGUGGCAGGACUGCUGGACACACACCACCAGGAGCUGGACAGCACUCUGCGGCGCACGCUGGUGGGGGCGCUCAUCCUCAUGCGCAACCGGGCGCAGGUUGACGCCAUGACUGUGCUGCCGCUGUUCUUCCGGCUGUUCCGGUGCCAGGACAAGGCUCUCCGGCAGCAGCUGUUCCGGCACAUCGUGUCCGACCUCAAGGCCGCCAACAAGAAGUGCCGCAACGAGCGACUCAACAGGGCGGUGCAGAACUUCAUGUACACGGUGGUGUCGGACGACAACGAGGCCGCCGCCAAGCGCGGGCUGGCGGUGCUGACGGAGAUGUGGCGGCGCCACGUGUGGCGCGACGCACGCACCGUCAACGUCAUCGCCUCCGCCGCCUUUCACAAGUCGCCUCGUGUGCUGCUGGCAGUGAUGAAGUUCUUCCUGGGUCAGGACCGCGACGACGAGGACGGCAGCGACAAGGAGGGCGAGGGCGAGGGCGACGAGGAGGACGCCAAGCCCAAGGGGCCCAGCAAGGAGGACAUCUACUCCGCCUACCACAAGGGCACGUCCAGCAGCAAGAAGAAAAAGCAGAAGAAGCUGAAGCGCGUCAUCGCCACCGUCAAGAAGGCCGACCGCCGCAAGAGCGCGGCGGGCGGUGGCGCCGAAUCCUUUGCCGCCAUCCACCUGCUGCACGACCCACAGGCCUUCGCGGAGCGGCUGUUCGGGCGGCUGAGCGGCGGCGGCGAGCGCUUUGAGACGCGGCUGGCGGUGAUGGCGGUGGUCUCGCGCAUCAUCGGCGUGCACAAGCUGCUGGUGCUCAACUUCUACCCCUACCUGCAGAAGUACAUUGCGCCCCACCAGCGCGACGUGACGCAGGUGCUGGCGGCGCUGGUGCAGGCGGCGCACGACCUGGUGCCGCCGGAGACGCUGGCGCCCGUGCUGCGGCAGCUGGUGGACCAGUUCGUCCACGACAAGGCCCGGCCCGAGGUGAUGACUGUGGGCCUCAAAACGGUGCGCGAGCUGGUGCUGCGCUGCCCGCUGGUGAUGGAGGCGGACCUGCUCACUGACCUGGCGCAGUACAAGAAGUUCAGGGAGAAGCAGGUGGCCACGGCGGCGCGCAGCCUGAUCGGCGCCUUCCGCGACAUCAACCCCGAGAUGCUGGCCAAGAAGGACCGCGGCAGGGGCGCAGACAUGGCGCUCAAGCCCCGCGACUACGGCGACGCGCGUGUGGCCACCCGCGUGGACGGCGCUGAGCUGCUGGAGGCGGCGCUGGCGGAGGGGCGCACCGGCAGCGACGGCGACGAAGUGGACCUGGGGCUGGACGACAGCAGCAGCGACGACGACGAUGACGGAGACGGAGGCAGCGGAGGAUGGGAGGAUGUGUCGGAGGAGGAGGGAGAUGGGGGGGCAAAGGAGGGGGCGGGCGAGGGCGAGGGCGAGGAGGGCGGCGAGGACUCGGACCUGGAGUCGCUGUCAGGCGAGGGCGAGGGCGAGGAGGACGGCAGCAGCGAUUGGGAGGACGUGUCGGAGGAGGGUGAGGAGGAGGAGGAGGCCGCUGCUGCUGCUGGGAAAGGCAAGGCCAAGGGCAAGGCUGCCGCCAAGGCGAAGGCCAAGCCCGCCGCCACUGCGGGGAGAAAGGGCAAGAAGGGCGCGCCAGCCAACGAGGACGAUGAGGAGGAGGAGGACGUUGAGGAGGAGGAGUCUGGUUCAGACGCGGACCUGGAGGACUUGGACUCGGAGGAGAGCGAGGAGGCGAGCGAGGAGGACGAGGAGGACGAUGGCGGGAGGCGGGGGAAACGCGGCGGCAAGCCGCAGCCUGCCAAGCCCAAGGUCGAGGCCAAGCCCGACUCCAUCGCCUCGCUGAAGCGGAAGCUGGCCGAGGCGAAGGAGAAGGCGGCGGCCAAGCGCGCGCGCGAGGAGCCGGCGGGCGAUGGCGAGGGCGGCGAGGAGGGGCAGGCGCCGGCGGGGGUGCCUAUCGAGGCGGAGCGCAUCCUCACGCAGGAGGACUUCGACCGCAUCAAGCGGCUCAAGCAGAAGGCGCUGGUGGAGGCGGCGCUGGCCAAGGCCGGCGUCACCUCGGCCGCCUCCAAGGCCAAGAAGCAGCGGGCGCUGGAGAGCGCGGAGGAGGAGGCGGCGGAGCUGUUGGCGCUGCAGGAGCGGCUCACCACCAUUGGGGAGAGCAAGGUCAACGCCGCCGACCUCACGGGCAAGCACAAGGCGCGCAAGGACAAGGAGGCCCGUCUGGCCAGUGUGCUGGAGGGGCGCGAGGGGCGCGAGAAGUUCGGCGCGCGCAGCAGCCUCAAGAAGAAGAAGACGGCGGGUCUGUCGGAGCGCGAGAAGCAGCGGCGCAAGGCCAUGCCUAUGGCGGCGCGAGUGCAGCAGAUCCGGCGGCGCAACGCGGCGGCGCGCGGGAAGAAGAUGGGCAAGAACUUCAAGGGCCACGUGCGGGGCUGAUGGGGGAGGCGGGUAGGACUCGUAGGAGGAGCAGGGACAAAGGCGGUGAAGAGGGGGAGGCGGGGUUGGGAAGGGGGAAGCUGGGAAGGGGAGGCUGGGAAGGGGGGGCUGGGGCAGAGGCGCGUGACUGCGUGAGCUUGCUUGGAGGUUAGGGUUGCGGCGGUGUUUAUGGGGAGGAAAAGGUGGUGCUCCUGUGGGCGCGUGUGGCUCGAGGAUUGAAAAGCUGUGAGGAGGCGUAGAUGAUAGCAGGGAGGCGUGGGGGAGUACCGACGGCACAAUCGCGCCCACACAGCUCAGUCGAGUGCUUGAAUGAACACUUCGUGUCCAAGAGCUGCUGGAAUUUACCGGUAGUGUUGGUGUACAGAUUAGGGCGAGCUUAAGGCUUGUAAUGGACGCACUUGAAUGUGUGUCCCUGGGCACGUCGUGUAUGGCAUGCGGGAAGCGCUGGGGAAGCAAGGGGGCGCGCUGGCAGCGCGGGACGAGACUGGCAC